AUUGUCUAUGGAGGCGUAGUGAGGUGGUGAAGAGACUGCUGUGGAAUCGUACGAAGAAAUCCCUAAAGUGUAUUUUUAUGAAAAGUGAAGUGCGCUCUUCGAUACGAAAACGGAUUACUGCCAUCACUUUAGUUUUGGAUAAUGCUAGACCCAAUUGAUACUAUCGACAUGAAAUCAUGUCGAAUAUGCUUGACAAACAACAAACCAUUAUGUCCCCUUUUCAGAUAUAAAUUGUCUGGUAAUUAUGCUGAAAUGCUUACAGCGAUUGCCGACGUAAAGGUGUCAUCAAAUGAUGGCUUGCCAGAAAAGAUUUGCCUUAAAUGCUGCCUUACUUUGGAAAAGGCAUACCUACUUAAAACAGUGGCUGAAAGGUCAGAUAAAAAGCUAAGAAAAAUUUUGGCCAAGGAAAGAGAGAGUGUCCCAACCAAGAAAAUCGCAUUUGACUCUUUCACUGACAUCAAAAGUGAAAUUGGACCUCUGACAAUAAAGUCUGAACCAAAAUGGGAAAUGGAAAUAGAGGUACCAGAGGGAAGCAAGCCAGUUGAGACCAUGGACGGAAAAGAUAUUGUCAUUGCCAACACAGUCAUAAGAAAAGUAGAUCCAAAUGCAGAAGAGAUUAAAUUUGAUAAUAGUAGUGAUGAUGUUCAGCUUACAUGGAAAACUACUAAGACUAGUAUUAAUGCCAAACAAGAUCCAGAUAUUGAAUACCUAGACGACAAUGUAUUUCAAGAUGAUGAUGUAUAUCAAGACGAUGAUGAUGAUGACUAUAUUCCACCAGUUGAAAAACCCAAGACUAAAUUCAAAAAACCAAAACUGUCUGAUAUAAAAGUGUUUAAAGGAAAAACUGUUGUAAGAACAGUGAAAUUGGUAAAGAAAUCUAAGGAUAGUUAUGAUGAUGAUGAUACAGGCAGGUCAAGGGAUGAAAACAAAACAAGAUCUACUACAAUUACUUGCUACCCUAUAAUGAAAAAUGGUUCUAGAGGUUCACCUAUACUUUUAAAGCGGCCAAAAGAUGCAACUGUAUUAAAGGUUCAUACUGGAUACAAAAGCAAAGUGCCUGGAUCAUCUGAUGGUAGUAAAGGUUUACGUAGGGACAAGCCUGUGAGAAUGGUGCGGACUGCUGUCAGUAAACAGAGAGAGAAACUUGUGUGCCCUGUGUGUGGCAUUCUUACUUACACAUUGGGCAAUCAUAUAGCCACUCACCAAGAGAAAAAGAGAUACACUUGUUCACAAUGUCCAAGGUCCUUUGCUCAAAAGAGUAAUUUACUAGUACAUGCAAAGCAACACACAGGGGUCAAAGACCAUAUUUGUGAAAUAUGUGGUGCUGGCUUCUAUAGUCAGAAAUCUUUGGUUAGACAUAAUUUAAUUCAUAAAGGAGACAGACCAUUUUCCUGUAAUUUGUGUACAAAGAGAUUUAUUGCUAUGGCAGGACUGCGCCGCCAUAUGGCGAUCCAUACUGGUGACAAAAGGUUCAACUGUGACUUCUGCUAUAAAAAAUUCACGCAAAGCCACCAUCUGCAGAACCAUUUGCUUAUCCACACAGGCGAUAGACCCUAUACUUGCGAGGUAUGUAAUGUGGCAUUUAGUUACAAAGUGAACCUUAAUAACCAUGUGUCUAAGGUUCAUGGCAUCAAUCUUAAGUUCAAGUCAAUUCACACUGUUACCGAGGACGUGUUACGACGAGAGAUGGGCAUGGUCAAUGAGACGAGAGUUGCGAUAUCGCAUAUUAUGCCGCAGUUGGGAGAAGUCCCCACACCAGCCGCUCAUGAGACUGUACUAUCCUUGUCCUGAUCCGAGUAUGAAAAACAAUUUUCGUAAAGGUAUUACAAAUAGAGAAAUGUGCAAGCGGCAGUAAACAUUUUGAACAUUCUGAACACGACUUAUCAAGUGCAACCUAUUAUGUCUGAACAAGCAAGUUAGUGCACAACUUCAGAUAUCAAGUUGAUAGUUACUGAAUUUUUUAUAGGUAGGUAAUAAUGUUUUAAUUUUUACACCUAUUGUUUUAAUUUGUUUGUCUUAGUUCAGAGCGACUACGAUGUUUCCGAUUUUAUUUUAGAUGUUGGUAACUUAAUUUUUUGUGAUUAUUGUCGAGAGUCAUGUUGAAUUGUAUAAAAGCUAGAUUUAUGUUAAGACAUUUAAAUAUAACUGUUGAAAAUGAAAACUAUGAUUGUGUUACUACAAUACUUGUAAAUAUUUUCAUUAACAUAGGAUUUGUUAAUACUUAAUAAACGAGAUUUCUGAUAUAAAAAUGGUUUGCUUUAAAACAAACAUCGACAUAUUUUAUUAGACUUUCUUUUUAAAUAAAAAUACCAGUUUCUUAGCUUGAAUACCCGAUAUUUUUAAUCAUUGGCUACCGUCCAUAAGUUGAAAAAAUACUUCCACUUACGGACAUAAUAGCCUUCGUGUUAAAGCAGAAAAUACGUUUUUUCCAGGCAUUACGAGUCGCAAUCGUAGUUAUAGUUCAAAAAAUGUGUAUCUACUGUGAAGCUUUUUUUGUUAUUACCUCCUUAUUUUAUGAAUUUCAGUUUAAUUCAGGUAUAUUGUAUAGCAACAAGACGGGCACAAAUUGUUAGAAAUGUAGAAAUGGAAUAAAACAUAAUAUACAG